CGUAUAGCUACACAAGCACCCGAAAUUACAAGGCUGCUACCCUCCGACCUCCGCUCACGAUGGAACACACUGCGUAUCAAGCACUUCAAUGGGAUUUCCCGGACGUCCUACCUCCUACAGAUCUCGCACCGAUCCCGUCGGAAUCCUCGACGUCUUACCUCCGAGCAGCCCACCGACAACAUCAGAUCGCACUACAGAACGCUCAGAAGCGUACAAGAACAGCAAGAGACAAGUUGGAUCAUGCGCAGAUGAGGUUGAAGCGGCUCAGAAGAGAGAAAGAAGGGUUGCAGGGAAAGCGUACUAGGAUGGCUCGGCAGGCUGGAUCCCUGGAAGAUCAGGUGAACGCGAUCAACCCUGCGAUCUUGCAAAGGGAGGUCGACGAGACUACGAUCGAAAAUCUACCAUCGAAAGAUGAUCCUACGCGGUCACAUCUUGUUCUACUGGCUAGACUCGAGCAGGAGAUCGAAGCAGUACAAACCAAGGAAUCUUCACUUAAAGACCUCGGAAACCAGCUGAGCGGCUUGAAGACAUCUAUUACUGAGAUACGGCACAAGUCUAUCAUAGUUGAUGGAGGGCUCGGGGAGUUGGACAAGGUCGCACAACAAGUCCGCUUACUUUUGGAGGAUCCCGUUCUUACACCUGUCGUAGAUACGGGUUCUGACGCCGAGAAAGAGGAAGACGAGGGUCAAGCUUCGCAGAUGACAACGGACGCUGUAUAAUUCUGUUGGACCUUCUGCCUUGACGAAACUGUCCACUCAAUCUACCUCCCAGCCUAGGCAAUAUCCAAUCGUCUGGGUAGAAGAAGUUGCCGGAGUUUCGGACCAUAUGACCUUGUUGCUGCUUGUUGAUAAUUGAUCGUCGAUGAUCCAGAACUGACCCCAGCUUCGGCCCCUUUCAUCUCGAUUGCUUCCGAUUUUCGGAAGCAGAUAAUUCUUGAUCGCUUCUUGGCUUUCCGGUUGACAAAGUUGUGCUCAGGAUGCAGCUUCUCGAUCCAGCUCGAUGUUUAUGCUAGCACC